UGACCGGAAAUAGCGUCACUGUUACCUGGCCAGUUUGGUACAGGGGAUCCAAUUUCGCCUUGCGCGUUACAAAGAGUUUCAGGUUCAAUCUGGAACAUUAAAGGAAUAUUUCACAUCAGAAGCACUGUAAUAUGAUGAAAUGGAUAAGUCUGACUUCAAUAAGUUCCAGCAGAAGGCUCUGAAGCAACCUAAGCAGAAGAAAUCCAAGUCGGAUGAAUUUCUGAUGGGAGAAGGAGAAGAGAGAGCAGCGGCAGAAGGCAUUGAAAAUCCUGCUUUUAACAGCAGCAGCACAGACCUUUCAGCUUAUCAGGCUUCAGAAGAAAGAGAAAUGAAAGAUGACAGGCAAGAUAGCACCCUUGCAGCUCACCAACAAAAAACCGGGCUGCACGUCCAUACUAAACCAAGAGGAAAUGAACGCACCCGAAAUUACUUUGACCCGCCGCUCGAUGAGGAAAUCAACCCAAGGCGAUAUGGAGCGGAGGGCAGCACAGAAGAUGAGCUGGAAUUAAAACUGAUGCGAGAGAAUGAUAAAGAACUCUACCACAAGAUGUCAAAGAUGCUGGAAGAUGCUGAAGCCACAGUAAUUGAUUUGCCAGGUGCGUUAAUGCCGGAGGAAGGGAGCGCAGGUCCAGCAGUCGAGGCAGGUGGAGGAGUCCCUGUUCUGUCAAGCCUGCGGCAGACGGUUCACGAUGAGGUGAUCCCUUGUUAUGAUGAGCACUUCAAGGAAUGUGUGCAGGAUGACAUGAUUGCUCUUGGCAGCCUUUCACUGGAACAGGAGGCCUGGUCAGUGAAGCAGAAGAGGCUGAUGCUGGGAAAGGAACAAGGAAGAGGGAAAAGACUAAUGUCAUUCUUAAGGGGAAAUAAAAAGGAGCUAAAUAUCCAAGGGGACCUUCAAGAAAAAGAAAUGAAGAUACUUCAUGAUCAACUUUAUGCAGCCUUCCAACAAGCAGAAAGUCAGUUGCUGAAGGCACUGAAGAAACACAAAGGUGAAGUGACCGCCAAGUACGGAGAAUUGACUGAGUCGGGGACGCAGUCAAACAGGGAACAAGGACUUCGGUGGCAGGUCGGCUGGAGCAAAGCCCCACAGCCUGUUGAGAUCCAGAUAAGAUGUCUCCGUGGUGUGAGGGACAAACUGCCCAAAGGACGCUACGCCCUGAGGAUCUCCCUAUACAGCCGUCUUGGGGGACAGGCUCUUCGGUGGUCCAAAAUCAGAGACCACCAGCGGGCCGCCACAACUUCAUCGGUCGGACAUGGCGGGAACUUCUAUGACUCAGAGUUGCAGUUCACACAGAGUGUCUUCAUUGUCUUACCUGCUCCAAGUGAGGUCCAGCCAGAGAUGAUCCUCCUGUUUGAGAUGCUGUCUGGUGAAAAUACUCCCAGCAGUGACCUGUUUGGCUGGGGUGCCUUUCCUGUAUGUGACUGCCGAUUUGAGAUCGUGGAAGGACAGUUUAAAUGCCCUUUGCUGAGAGGCCAGCCCGAUCCCGCUAUUGACCAGUUCCAGAAGAUAGAGGAUCUCAUGUCGUCCGACUUGGAUAACUGGUUGUGCAAUCUUUACUUUCAGGUAAAGAAACUUCCCCGCUGCGAUCCCAAGCACCAGGAAUAUGAGGUCACCCUUCAGAUCCCUCAGGCUUGCCAGAGCCCGGACAGCUUGUAUACCUGCUGGGUGACUAAAAGGCACCAAAAGGACUGCAACACCAAGGAGUCUCAUCUGAGAUCUCAGUUCAGCCUGUCUCCUCACUAUGACCAUUCUCUGGCAUCCCAGCAAGGCGAAGAUUCCCGAGCUGACAACCCUGAAAGUGCAGAGCCGAUGAGCAAUCCCAUCCUGGGGAGGAGAGUGGCUGGAAUGCACGGCAAGAAGAAACCAGCUCAGAAGAGGAAGAGUAAGAGUCCCAGUCCAUGCCAUGAAGGGAGUGCGUCCUCGCUUCUGUGCGGAAAGGAGACCGCGCAGUCCUGCCUCUGCGCAGACGAGCUGGACGAGUACCGGUUCUCUUUACAGUCUCGGCACCCUUGCAGGGGUAGGGCUGGCCGGAGAGGUGCUGAGCACACACAUUUCGUCCUCCGUGCGCUUCUGUCAGAGCUGGGCCUGUCACAGUGGCGUUCUCGAGAGUUCUGGCUCAUUAUGCUGCUCCUCACUUUCAUCUGGUUUCUGAGGCUUUACCUGCAUUACUGUAGCCAGUGGCUCUUCCUCCAGGCCAUCUCCGUUCCUGUCAACAAAUUCCAGUUCUGUCUUCACACGGUGAAAGUCGUCUACCAGAAUUCCUUGCUUCAUACCCGCGAGGAGUUGGCGAUGGUAGUGUUUAUCAUGGCAAUGGGAGUGUGGACAGUGCUCGACCCUCUGGCAGUGUUUGCAGUGGAUGCAAUCCUGGGGCACCUUGCCUAUAGUGCAGAGGAGCCCAUAGCAGAUGUGAUGAAACUCUACUGGCAUUUCCACCGAACUGGAAACUCUGCUGUUCUGGGUAUCAUGAUCACACUCUUCCUUUACGUUGUCCUCUUCAUCUGCUCCUGCACUACAAUAUAUAUUUACUUUCUCAGGCUGCACAAUAACGGCCGGAUCCUUGAUGUGUUCCUGCGCUUGCACGGUAAAGAGGGGGCAUUCUUCAUUCCCCAUGAUCUUGAAGUGUCAAACCAAGAACUGAACUACAUUGUGAAAAAGGCUGAGCAAUGGAGAGGGAUUCAUGGAGAAAGAAGAAAGGUGGCAGUGUAUGACUACAUCUGGACCAAAGACCCCUCAGCUAGCUGUGACACCUCCAGCUGUGACCCCCAGCAUCGCAGUGGAGCCCCUGGAUUGCCAGCCAGCCAGGAGGAAAUCAGCACGCAUGUGUCUGUCUACACCAUCCACCUCAGCGGGCUCCGAAAGCCGUAUCGGCAGUUCCUCAGAGAGCCUGACGGGGCCAUCGUUGAGGUACCCGGUGACGCUGGUGACAUGGGGCUUCCUCUCUGUGAAGUCAGCCCCACUGUGCAGAAUCUGGCUGGCGAUAAGGCCGCUGGUGAAGGGUCGUCGUCUACACGCCAGUUGAGGGGCAGGAAGAAGAAAGCUGAGUGGCGAUCUUCACGAGUUGAACCAGCUGGAAGAAGUUGGUGUGAUUCAACUGCUGUCCAGAAACUAUUCAAUCACUGACACCCAGCAUUGAAGACUCCAGCAGCCGAGAAAUCUACUGUACAUUUUUCACCUUCUUCAAGCUCAGUAUUUCAAGUCAAAUUAUUUAUUUCCAGAAAGAUUCAGAAGUAUUUUCAGUAGUAUCACUGCAGAUAUCUACCUUUAAGUAAUUAGGUAACCAAGAAACUGAAAAAAAUACUGACAGGUAUUGGGAGAAAUAACAAACAGCUGUAGCGAAUGAGGUUAUUGAAGCCAUUAUGAUGCAGAAUGAGUUAAGUGUCCCGUUUUACAGGAUUGUUGUGUAAACCACAAUGAAACUUACUGUAUGGAGAAGAAACUUAAAUAUGUUUUAUAUUAGAGCAAUUAAUUACCCAAUAAACAAUGUAAAUUAAUGAUUCCAUUAGAAAAUUAACUAGGGUCAUUAGGUCUUCAUUGCUGCCCCAACAAGAUGAAAAAUGAAGAUUCUAAAAGUCACUAAUCAGAGGGAGUGAUAAAAUAUCAAUAUUGGGCUCACAUUAAGCUGGAUAAUAUUCAGGCUGCUUGAUUUGUAUUGAAUAUGUGUCUGGUGGCUGGAGCUUGCUAUAAUGAACUAGCCCACAAAUCACAGCUUAAUGGGAACCUACUUAUACAUAUUGCUUAAUUAAAGGUUGUGAGCUUAUUAACAUGUGUCUUUGGCAUUGAGCACUGGGGAUGUAAUCUGUGCAAAUAGGACCAGGUUGUAAAGGUUUUAUAGAUAGCCUAUCAUAUUAAACUCAUAGCUUAAUCCAGAAUCUUAAUAACCUGUCAUUUUCAUUGAUGAUGGUUCAUUUUAUAGAUGGUCAUUACAGCCAAACUUCUUGAGUAGGGACCCUUCUGGGACUCUCAUGAAUAGUCCUCAUUAUCUUAUACUUUUGGAAUUAAAGUUUUCUUGCUGUGUAUAAACCACUGUGGUCAUAGCUUCAGGGUUGAGCAAAGUGAAAUAUACAUGGCUUUGGAUGUGUUUAAAAAUACCCCAAAGACAAAAUAAAGCCCACUUGAGCUGUAAAGUUAAAUUCCCUGUAAAAACAGAAUGUUCAGCUCCUUUAAUAGAUGGAUAAAUAAAUACACAAUAAUUCACAUACACUAUAAACACACCCACUAAAGCAUUCAGUCAGAUUAUUAACUGGAUGAGUAGAAAGUGCCCUGUAUGUGUAGAAAAUGUGAAUCGUUUUGUCUGCUUAUACAGUAUCCACUGACCUUCUUCUUUCAAUGAGAUGCACAAGGUCUGUGCUUGGACUCUUCUCUGGAGUACCUGUGACAUUUUAAAGGAAGACUAAUAGAACAGAGGUCUAGUAUGGGGCUUUCUAUAUCAAAUCUUUUAACUCUCCCUCUGGUGCAAUUUCAGUUCAAUCCACAGUGGUACCGGAUAUAAUUUGAACAGUGUGUGUUAUUAAUGACCGAACAAUCGUAAUUAAACCUGUUCCAGAGUGAAGCAGACUUAGGGCAUACAGUAUGUUCUGAAGUCAGUUUUGUUUGGAAGCAAAAAUGUUUGUACACUGACCUCCUUCAAAUGCAGAUUAAUAAGGAAACAACUUUCAGGUAAUUAUUCCCUACUUUUUUAUCAUGCAACCCCAAAAAAAUGAAACCCAAAAGGUUUGUGUCAUGAAAGGAGUGGUUCAGAUAGAUUCACCUUACUGAUAAUGUUGCACUACAGAAUCAGGCAUAUUUCUUAAUGUAUUUUCAUUCCAGAUAAAUCAUCCAUUGUCAGAGUUGUCUUCACUUUUUCAGGCCAGCAAUGUGUCUUUUCAGUUUUUUAAAGCACAUCAUUGUGGCACAGAUCUUCCCUUUUCACAACCUGUUGUGUGGCUCCUACAGAAAGAUAUAGACGCCUUUAUUUGUGUUUCAUGAUUUUUAAAGAGAUAUUUAUCAGUCACAUUGGUGGAGGCAGGGUCUGUUCUUGUCUAUCUUUUUGAAAUACCAACUGCAGGUCUUCAGAGAAGGCUGAAUUAUACAUUGGUGAUUUUUGAGGUUGUUUAAGCAAAAAGAGUCACAUUGUGUUGUGUGGGCAUAUUGAUGCUAGGAUACAAAAACAAGCCCAGCGGACAGAGGCUUCUUAAAAAUCGUCAGCCUACUGGACAUUUUUGUUAUAUUGAAUUAUACAGGGGCACCGUACAAAUGGCUGACCCUGCUCUCUGACCCCCAGCUUCUCUCCCUGUCU